AUGGCCAAUGUGCUUGUGCUGGGUAGUGGCGCUAGAGAACAUGCAAUCGCGUGGAAACUGAAACGAAGUAAUCAGGUCGCUACUGUUUACGUGUAUCCUGGAAAUGGAGCUCCGUUCCAAAAACCGAAAGGUAUCUCAUCAAACAAUGUGCAUGAAAUCUUAUCGUUUUGCAAAAACGAAUCAAUAAAUCUGGUUGUGGUUGGACCUGAAGAUCUUCUUUACGGUGGUAUCGUUGACGAUUUGAGCAAACAUAACAUAUCCUGCUUUGGCCCAUCGAAGAUAGCAUCUCGUCUUGAGGUACUUCUUAACUCAAGCAAAAUGUUUCAUACCUUAUGCGAUACGCAAUGUAUCUAA